UCGUCUGCACUCGGCCAUCAUUGAUGGCUAGGCUACCGCAGCAUCACAAGGUGGAGCGCCGGUUGUGAGAGAGGGAGACACAGGAUCAGGGUCAGAUGGAGUCUAGUUAGCUGGAGUGACGUGCAGGGUGCAUGUGUGUGUGCGUGCAUGUAAGGAAGCAAGAACAAAUAAGGGAGGGAGAGAGAGCUUUAAGGAGAGUGCGUGUUUAGGUGUGUGUGUGUGUGUGUGUGUGUGUGUGACAGAGAGAAAAGGAAGGGCAGACAAGAGGAGGAAGAAGAAAACUAAAAGGUGUGAAGGAAAGAAGGGUUUGCAAUAAAGACGAAAGAAGAAAUAAUGGCUGAGCCGGAGUUGAAAUUAAGGAGCAGCCGGGAGAGCGUUGCUAAGGAGAAGAUGGGGGAGGUAGAGCCAGACCAAGAUGGCCAGAUCAUAGAGAAAGCUUCUCCAUCCACUCCGAUGGUCGCUGCCUCCUCAAGCUCGCCUGACCCACAGCCUGGCAAAGGGCAGAAGAUCGAACUCAAGCGCAGCAUCACCCUCUUCAACGGCGUUGGCAUGAUCAUAGGCACCAUCAUCGGCUCGGGCAUCUUUGUCACGCCGACGGGCGUGGUAAAAGAAGCGGGGUCGGCGGGACUCUCUUUGAUCGUCUGGUCCGUCUGUGGGGUGAUCUCUACCAUGGGGGCUCUAUGCUACGCUGAGCUGGGCACCACCAUUACCAAGUCCGGUGGCGACUACACAUACAUCCUGGAGGUGUAUGGCGAGCUGGCCGCCUUCCUCAAACUAUGGGUGGAAAUGCUCAUUAUCCGGCCGUCGUCACAGUACGUGGUGUCUCUGGUGUUUGCCACGUAUCUCCUUAAACCUGUGUACCCACACUGUCCUGUCCCCGAUGGUGCCGCCAAGCUCAUCGCUUGUUUGUGUCUCACUGCCUUGACCUUUGUCAACUGCAUCAGCGUGAAAGCCGCCACCAAGGUGCAAGACUUGUUCACUGUCUCCAAGCUCCUUGCACUGGUCAUCAUUAUCCUCUUCGGCUUCAUACAGAUCUUUACAGGUGACGUGCCCUACCUGAGGCCAGAGAAUGCCUUUGAAGGCAGCAAAGUGGGUGUUGACAAUAUUGUCUUGGCUCUGUACAGUGGUUUGUUUGCUUUUGGAGGCUGGAAUUACCUGAAUUAUGUAACCGAGGAGAUGAUCAAUCCAGUGAGAAACCUGCCCCUGGCAAUCAUCAUCUCGAUGCCCAUUGUGACGAUUGUGUACAUCCUGACCAACUUGGCUUACUUCACAACCAUUUCUCCUGAAGAAAUGGUUGAAUCAGAGGCUGUCGCAGUGAGCUUUGGCGAGUACCAUCUGGGUGUGAUGUCUUGGCUGAUUCCAGUGUUUGUGGGUCUGUCUUGUUUUGGAGCCGUAAAUGGAUCCUUGUUUACAUCAGCACGUUUGUUCUAUGCUGGAGCUCGUGAGGGUCAACUUCCUGCUGCUUUGGGACUGGUCCACACUGACCUUUUCACACCGGUGCCAUCCCUCAUCUUCACAUGUGUGCUGUCCAUGCUUUAUGCAAUUUCCCAGGACAUCUUCUCUGUUAUCAACCUGUUCAGCUUCUUCACUUGGCUUUGUGUUGGCAUGGCCAUUGCUGGGAUGGUCUGGCUGCGAAUUCGAAAGCCCAACCUGAAAAGGCCAAUAAAGAUCUGUUUGUUCAUCCCCGUGGCUUUUGUCCUGAGCUGUAUCUUCAUGAUCAUUGUGUCCUUCUGGGCGGCUCCCAUCGAGUCAUUGAUAGGCUGCAGCAUCAUUCUCACGGGCAUCCCAGCCUACCUGCUGGGCUACAAGUGGAAGAAGCCACGUGUGGUCAAGAAGAUGCUUGAAAUCUUCACCAUGUUCUGCCAGAAGAUAUUCCUGGCCGUCCCAGAAGAAAAAAAUGACGAACCUGAGGAAUCGGAAUAACGCCACAUGAUCAUGAACCAGUUUAACUCAUUUGUUUACAUUACUUGAAAAUGUGCAGUUUUCAUGGUAUUUGGCAUUUGCUUUGGCGUUCAAAGUGUGUAAUGGCUAACAUACACUCUUCAAAUGUGCAUCUGAAUUAUAUUCAUUGCACACUACGAGAAGCUGCAUUCAACACACACUACAAUGGCCUAAAAUGUACCUAAGUAUGUUUUAGUGUUGUUGCUCUCACACAUUGAGUAGGAUUUCCAACAAAAGAAAAGGUUUUGACAAGACUCUUGACAUCAUGGCCAAAUACAGCAGUGUUGACGAUCUUUAUAGGGCGAUAAACUGUUGGAACUGAGUAGGACUUCCUACUACAUUUUUGUGAGAGCAUGUUCAGAAUGUUUUCUUACGAUAAUCUAAAAAAAAAAAAAAAAAAAAAAGUAAAAUACUUUAAAUUACUUGAUUAGAAUUGGCAGGAACGUGGUUAGCCUAUGAUUACAUGUUACUAAAAUACUGUACGUGUUAAAGGUACUUUUGAAUAGUUUUAGUUUUGUAUUAAUUUGUUAAUGAAGCUUAAACUACACAGUGUAAUGAAAUGUGCGUGGGUGUGUGUGUGUGUGUGCGUGUGCACGCACUAUGGUGUGCUGCUUUUUUUAUUUGCUUUAAAUUCAUGUGAAAAAGGCAAAGCUUUAUUGUGUUACCACCAGGGACGGGCAUAAGAAUGAAGUUAAAGAUCGAGUCAUAAUUUAUGUUUUAUUUCUUUUCCUGAGGUGGCGAGCAUAGUUGUUAGCAUUGCAUUACAGUGAUCCCUCGCUCCUUUGCGCUUCAAACAUUACGCCCUCAGUCCAUCGCAGAUUUUUUUCAAUUAAAAAAAAUUCAGGAUUUUAUAGAGAUGUCCCAUCCGAUCAUGUACAGCCUCUCACUCUCCCUUCUGAAGCGUUUCUUUCGCACCAGGCGGCUGCAGCUUGUUAAAGUAAACAAUGAGUGACAAGGGAGCUGCUUGUGGCUAGUGGCCAGACAAUUACCUUUCAAAGGCCGCCGCCUCGUUUAACUUUUUAAAUAUUGGCUGUAGUCGCAAUGGCAACUCACUUUGUUGUGUCGUGAGCUGUCAUCUAAGCACUCAAUGAAGAAUUUAAUGAAAAAUUAUACUUUGGGGAAAAAUCCUGUCUUAUAUGAAUCUCUUUUCAGUGCUAAAUGUGAAUAAAUAUAUUGAACACACACACUCACACACACACACACACACACACAAAAAAAACAGUUUUUAACACUGACCACGAAAAACGAGGGAUCACUGUAUCUGUAAUUGAAUUGACUGGCAACCGGUUUGGAAUGGACUGUCAGCCCAGUUCACAUUACGUGCAACCAUGAGUACAGGAGCAAUUAAAAAAAGGUGAUAAUAUGUUGUGGCUAAGCAGCGGACUCCACUUUGCCUUAGUUGUUUCAAGAUUCGUAAAAACAUGGAUUUUUAUGCCCAUCCCCAGUGAUGAUGCUGGUGUAAAAGCUUUUUGUGAAGAAGGCUUUACAAAGUCUUGUGUCAAUGUCAGAUGAUAAUUACUACAUACUGCAGCAAGCGUCACUGUUGUGAUUGUAUAUUAGAUCGCAUGUACCUAUUAUGUCUGCUGUUAUUCCCAACUGAGCCAAGUUUCCUGGUCAUUCAGAGGGAUCUUUCUUUUUUUGAAAAGUUGUGAGAGAUAAUGAGUACACGAACAAAUUUUGAUGUCAUGGCAAGAUCUAACAUUUCCAUUACACAUGCUGGCUCAUGAACAUUAUCCUUCGCAUUUUCUCAUAUGGUUUCCAGUUGAAUUUUAAAAUACAGGUGCAGCUUAAUGAAUGUUAAUCAACACAUAACGCGAAGUAAACCCGACAAACAGGAAUGCUGAUGAAGUCUUCAGCAUACAAAGAAGGUUAAAAACAAUGAAAUCUUCGACUGCCACUAAAAGAUUAGUGCAAGCAACCACAUGUGUUGUGUUCGCAUCACUAAAGUCUUGGAUGGUACACUAUUUAAUCUCAUUUUAAUUGAAAUAAUCUCUGUCUGUUUUUUUCUACUCUUGUUUAGCAGUGACCAUGGCAGGUACAUGUGACAAUAAAGCUAUUUUUGGUCAGUAUUUGUGUGUGUGUGUGUUUUUUUUUUUUUUUUAAAUUUAUCAAGCAUUCACAAAAAAUGACGCCGUAUUCACACGGAAGGCAUACCUGUCAAGUUUUACGGUUUCGGCGUAAUUUGUACAAGUGACCACUGAUUUUUAAAACGUGUACGCCGUACGUUCAAAAUCUGUACGUUUUUCGUGCAUUACUUUUUUAUUUCACCAUUCGGAUUUUGUCACCGUUUCGGCAACAAGACAAUGUGCGUUACUACGUUGGUUGAAUGACGCGAGAAAAGUCAG